AUGGAUGACAUACCCGGAUCUCGUAUGCCGAAGGCUUGUAGGACGUGUGCCAAAGCCAAAGUACGAUGUGAACCAGAGCCAAACGGAGUCUGUAAGCGCUGUAAGCGCCUAAAAAAAGAGUGUAAUGGCCAGACCCCUGGAUCACAUCGUCGCACGAAAGCGGCCAAAGAGAAUCUCGAGGUUUCAGCAUUAGAGGCAAAACUUGACCGAAUGGUCGAGUUGCUUGCCGCGUCAGAAAAAUCCAGGGAUGCUCAAUCUAAUACCAGUCAUUCGCCAGAGCAUUCUUCAACUUACCCAGACGAGGAUAGUGCGUCGCCAGACGGGCAAGAUGAUGAGGCUUAUAUGGAUGUUUUGAGAAAAUCAAUCAUGCCUUUGUUUCCAUUCAUUGCCAUUCCGGCUCAUCUUACUGCAGAUCAGCUACGUCGAGAAAAGCCAUUUCUCCAUCUGAACAUCACUAUGGUCACUUGUCAACAUGCACCACGUCAGCGAGAGAUCGCGGAAAUGGUCAAGCAGUAUGCUGCGGAACACAUUGUCUUAAAGGGUGAACACAGCCUAGACCUCCUGCAGGGACUCCUCCUUUAUCUGUCUUGGUUUAUAACUAUUGCUCCUCUCCCGCGCUGGCAAUACGAACAAUCUGCCAAUCCGGAAAAUGGCCCCGUUGGUCCCCACAUUCAACCGCAGAUCAGCGCACAACUCGACGUGUAUAUGCAAUUAGCAAUAGCGCAAGUCAUCAGUUUGAAUUUGAAUCAAGGGAUAGCGUCUUUAAGGAGCCUUGAUCGGCCUCUUUCCUACCUCAGAGCUUUCGACUUCCACCCUCAUCUGAUUCCCGCACGAACAUUGGAGGAGCGCCGGAUCUAUCUAGGAUGUUACUAUAUCAGUGUGUUGUUGUCCAUUUGUGUGAGGGAAAUGGAGCCUGUUCGUUUCACGAAAUACACCGAUGAGUGCUGUGAAGAAUUGACGAAAGCGAUGGAGUUUCCUACCGAUGCAUAUCUUGUCCAAUUGAUACGAGUCGUGCAUCUCGGUGAUAAAGUUCAUCGUACAACGCCCAUUAAGGAGCUAGGCCCUUCUGCAGUUGUCUCCACUCCACUCGGUUUGAUAGUCCGAGGUCACCAGGCAGAGCUCCAGCAACUCAAAACAUCUUUCUCUUGCGAAUCACCCCAAUCAGGCAUCUUAUCUCUACAUUACCAGACGGUAGAAAUCAUCAUAUAUCGAAUCUGCCUGAGUGAGGAUGUCUCCGAUACCCAGUACGGAGACUACUCGACAACGCGGUUGGAUCUUCUUUUCCGCUGCUUAGAGGCAGUGAAGUCAUUUGUCUAUGACAUCCAUUCCCUCCCAGUUGACUUGUUUCCCUUCUUUCCUUUCACGAUUUGGUGUCAGUUUGGCCUCACAAUGGUCACGCUAUCCCGGUUGACUCUUUUCCAGGGUGAAAAGAUCGGCUGGGAUCGAAAUUAUGUUCGAAGCACUAUUGACAUUGAGCAAAUAGCCGACAUGCUGACUAAGAAGAUGAAAGAUGCCCUGACUCUUCAUUUAGAGAAAAACCUUCAUAAACAGGGUGCUUCAGAGCCACCUGAGAUUUUUGAGAGACUGAUUCCAAGGUUGCAGGUAUUCAAUGCGGUGCACCGCAUGAGGGCAGAGGCUCAGGAGAAAGCCAAUAUACAAGCACCUCUGGAAACACUAGACUUUAGCUUUAUGCUCAACAUGCCAGUGGAUGUGUUGUUUCCAUAUGGUCACUACGGCGAAAUUCCGGGCGCCUUUGACCCUCCGAGUCUUCCUCCGAGUCUUGAUCCGAGCCUUGCUCCGAAUCUUGCUCCGAGCGCCAUCCGCGCACUGCAAAAGUGGCCAGAUAUGGCUGAGGAAAACGAGCGUAUCUCAUUCGAGCCAUGGAUCUCAUGGCAUAAAAUUACUGGGGAGAUGAUCUCAGGCCCAAAACCGCUCGAAUUGAAUACCUCCGAGGAUACUGCUGGAGACCAGAAUAGCCAGCCACCCAAGAUAUACAGACACAGUCGUCCAAGAAUGCACAAGAUGUUGUCGGAUCAGAUUGAGCGAGCCGGUAUCACGCUGGAAUACAGCAAGCAAGUUGUUGAAUACUACGAGAACAUGGGUCCUUCCACGGCCGGGGUUUUUCUCGAAAGUGGCGAGCGGCUUGAAGCCGACGUUGUAAUCGCCGCUGAUGGGAUAGGAAGCACGUCUUCUCGUAUCACGCUGGGCCAUGAGGUUCGCGCCCGUCCUACCGGGUUUUCAAUCUACCGAGCGUCCUGUCCCAUUGAUCCAGCCCUCACAAAUCCUGUCUUUGAGGAAAGAUUCCCUAUCUUAGAUAACGACAGACCCUCUGCACAACUAUGGAUGGGUGACAACGUCCACGCGCUCUUCGGAAGAACCCAGGAUGAGAUCUCAUGGUAUCUCACCUAUCCGAACCGAGAAGACAGCACAGAGUCAUGGUCAAAGUUGGUAGAUCCAGACGCCGUCCUCCAAAACACAGCCACAAUCGAAGGAUGGCCCGAAUACGCAAACCAGUUGAUACGGGCAACACCCAGAGACAGGAUCCACGACUUCAAACUCAUGUGGCGUGAACCUCAGCCCUGCUGGGCUUCGUCUACCGGGCGAAUCAUUCAGAUCGGCGAUGCGGCUCACACUUUUCUCCCGUCUUCUGGAAAUGGUGCUACGCAGGGGAUGGAAGAUGCCAUUUCGCUGGCAACGUGCUUGCAGAUUGCAGGAAAGGAGAAUCUAUCCUGGGCAACCCGUGUUCAUAACAAGCUUAGGUUUGAACGUGUCGCCUGUCUGCAACUUUUGGGUGUGCUAAACCAUGAGAUGCGCCAACGCUCUUCAGAUGCCAAAACGUCGCAGGCGAAGCCGGUUGGAUUACUUGGUACUUGGAUCUGGCAGCAUGAUCCGGAGCAAUACGCGAUUGCAAACUAUAGCAAGGCCCUCGCUAACCUAGACAUUGGGAGCCCAUUUGAUAACACCAAUAUUCCCGCUGGCUAUGUAUAUCAACCGUGGACUAUUGAUGAACUGCUGAAGUCUAUGGAGGUGGGUGAAGAGAUUGUACUUAAAGGGAAUUGGGAAUGA